UCAUCUUUUCACGGGCUGAAAGCCCUUUAUGAGGUCACUAACUCAGGAUUACUUAUGUCUAGACUUCCCCCUUCCCCUCUAUACUUUUUUACUUAGGACUCCUUUCCAUCUGUUCUCCUUAAAGUGCUGAAACUUCUUUGUUGGAAAAAUGUCUUCAAACUCAGAAAAUAACAGACUAAUUCAAGCUUCUGAAAUGUUCUUUCUUCAUGUACAAGAUCUUGUUUCCCUCACAAAUACAUUUACUGAGUUUCUUAACCACAAUAUGAAUACUCAGAUCUCCUUGAUGGUUGUGAAAGAAGAUAGUACAAUUAAGAAUUUCUUUGAAGAAAUGCUUAAAAGUUUUAAGGAGAUGCAAUCUGUAGUAGAAGAAAAGUACAACAAAAUGCAAAAGGAACCUAUGUAUUCGAAGGUUGCAACAACUAUGUGUUCUAUGGCAGAGAAAUGUAUCAACCUGGAGUUGGAACGUUCAGCUAAAGAACUGUUUAAAAAUAUCCAGACACCAACCAUUGUCUCUGUGCUGAGCCAUAGUAACAUCCUUGAGAAUUUGGAAUCUUUUUUUUCACACUUGAUGGCAUUCCCCAUCAUGAGUCUUCAAUUAAGUGAUUUCUGUAAAGGAGACAUCAAAGGGAAAUCAGAUGCUCCUACAUCUGAGAAAAACCUGAGUCCAGAUCGUUGCAAAUCCAUCUCAACAGAUGCCCUGAAGAAGUUGCAGGAUGCACUAAAAACUGAGAAUGCCAGCAAUCCCAUGGAGUCAGCAGCCGAUCAGUUGGAACAAAUCAUCAAGGCUAUGGAACCAACCAUACAGGUUCUCCAAAAAUCCAUAAAGACCCUGGAGACUGAUAUUUCUAUGCUUAAGAAAGUGAAUGACAAGUAGGGGUGCAAUAAAAGUUGCAUUCAUUUCCAUCAGAAAAAUAAACUCAGAUUCCAUGA